CUCGCCCCAAAUCGACAUCUGAUACUUAUGCCGUUCACACGUCCUCAUUGGCAAGCGCUUGACAUGUUCGUGUCUGUCAACUUAGGCCGGUUUGAGCAAGCUCUGCAACUAGCAUUCAAAAGACGAUACGGCUUAAACGCAGUUGCGCGCUAGAAGCCACAAGUCGUAUUUCAAGAGCGGAAUCUCUGCACGUGGCAAGAUUGUGCGCCAGAUUUGAUGGGUUGAUCGGAUCAUCAGUCAGACCCAGAUGGCCAGAAACAGUGAACAAUGGAAAAGGAGACCGGUUCGGGGUCACGUGAAAAGGAGGCGCUGCUCUGUUGAUUGGGGUCCAACGCUGCUUGUACUCAAUCCCUCACGACUCCCAUUCACAACAUUUCCCCUGAGCACACAAAAUAAUUGUCAAUGGCCAACACUCGUCAAUCCGUCGCGGAUAUCCUGCACGACAUCGCCGAUGCGAUUCAGAAUCCCUCGGCGCCUGAGCUUGCGAUCUCUGUAGAGGCUCCUAGCGAGUUCUCGUUUGUACAGAUGGGAUCCCUCGACUUGCCGGGCGUCGCGGCCGACCACCUUUCCCAAGGCACCGGGGUGGCAUUUCACCCACACCCGGCUGCUCAGAUCGGGGAAGGUAGCGCCGCGAUGUCUGUGGGCUCUUCCGAUGCCGCAUGGACUGGAGCGGGGGGCGAGCCGCCUGCCCCGGGUGGCGUUGCCCCGGGGCGCGGCUUCCGGAUCCCCGUCGAGCUCAGUGUGAGGAUCGCAGCGAACUGGGCGGACUGGGUUGAACGAGCGAGGAACGAGGGGAUCAACGAGUAUACCUGGCCCCGCGAACUCGAUGAAAACGAGCAUCCUGCACAGCCAAUCGACGAGGACGAGGAGGAGAACUUGAUGGUUUUCGACCUGCCGGGCACGCUGCCUUCCGUGUCCUCCGAGUCCAGUCUCUUUACCCCCCGAGUCGUCGGUUUUAUGGAUCCGGACAGCGAUCCGAUCGUGCUCCCCGAGGAUGCUCGUCGCGCCAUCGGUCUCGACACUCUUGCUGAGGACGCGGUGUUCCACACGACCGGGCGUGCGACCGACAAUCUCGUUUUCGAGGACCACUUCACUUUCAGCCAAAUCGGGAAUCUCUCCAGUGGGCGACUUGAUGGUCAGGCUGGCUCCCAGCAUGUGCUGGGAGGUGCAGGAGGAUGCGACGCAGAGUCGAUGAGCGAUGCGGGUCCGUGGGUCACAUCUCACCAAGGCCCGUCUCAAUUUGUGUUCACGCCCAACAACGGCCUCAUCCGUCAACUCAGUUCCCCGAUCACGGGGUCGCGUGCCAAAUCUGCUAGCGGAGAGGCGCAAAACGAGUCUCCUUUCCCUUCUCCGAAUCAGCGCCCGAUUGCAGGCCCCCGCCGUCUCCGCACUUUUUCAUCUGGUGCUUGGAUCCAGACUGUUUCAUCGGGAAUCGAAUGCGCGCAGGACGCGGCCGAGAAGAUCAUCGCGCACAAGCACAAGCUGGAGUCUGACCCCGCUGAGGAUGGCGCCGAGCGCGAUGUCAAGCGUGCUAAGCUCCUUUGAUCAUAUACAUCUUAGCAUCGAUGUUUCUACCACUCAUGUUCUCUCUCUCUACUCACUUAUGUAUAUGUAACGAAGAGCAAGUCAUAUGAAUUACAAUCGCAUCCACAAGUCUGCAGGUUCUUCGCCAAUACACGCCGAGCGGUUGCUCUUAGGGUAUCAAAUGGCAUAAAGAUCAAACACCAGGAAAUGAUACAUGCAAUAUCCAUGCAAAGCCCAUCUCCGGGAUUCAAACUCUUCAAAAGCUCUGC